AGACUGUGUGUGUGUGAGAGAGAGAGAGGGAGAGGGAGAGAGAGAGAGAGGCAGAGGGAGGGAGCAGAACGCACAGCUUGCCUCUCCGCAGCGCUACAAGGACAGUGAGCGUUCGUGAGAGAAGAGCACUGAGUUGAUGCUCAGCCUCAGAUGAGCCUACCUGAACGGCAUACAAUAUGACCUCCACGCUGACCACGGCACAUGACUGACCACAUGCUCCAGCACCACGGAGAGCGGAUCCACUUCAUGACGAGCAUCCUUCUACAAACUGAGACUGUGUAUUUUGGGACCACAGAAGUUUCAAGAUAUUGUUAUUUUUCUUAUAGAAAAUCCCCAAUCCAGGAUUAUAUUGUUCAUUUUGGCUCUCUCUUUGAGAAGAAAAGCACAUAUUCUUUACUGGAACCCUUGUGCUGUGAGAUACAUGUCUGAAUGAGAGUGUGUGCAAGCCUCGUUGAGCCCCAACGUCACAGUGUAGUUGCUUCUUGCCGCUCUGCUUACUGCUAAAGACUUCAGCUAUAGUCCUGUUAAGUGGAAGACUGCUGUGAUCAAGAGUGGACCAUGAGUGAAUCCAAGAAGAGCGAGGUGGGCCUGAGGGACAAAGCCAUCCUGCACCAGCAGAGGCGGCUGAAGCAGGCCACGCAGUUCACACACAAGGACUCGGCUGACCUGCUGCCCCUUGAUGGCCUCAAGAGGCUUGGCACCUCCAAAGACUUGCAACCACACAGCAUCGUGCAGCGGCGCCUCCUGGAGGGCAACAUCCCACGGCUGCGCGGGGAGUCCCGGGACGCCAUGGCCCGCGUCCGCUCGCCCCUUGCUGACAGCAAAGAGGCAGGCGAGACGGAGGAGAGGAGCGAGAGCACAGUGGACGACUCCACUGAGGAGAGGGAAUCACCAGAGGAGAGCGAAAGGAGCCUGAGGUCUGAGGAAGAGGAGGAGGGGGAGGAGGAGGAAGAUGGAGACAGCAGUGAUGCUGGGGGGAAGGCAGAGCUCAAGCAGAAACGAGGAGAAACUGAGACAGAGAAGGCUAGAACGGAGGAGCGAGAGAGAGCGCUCAACCUGUCAGCCCUGCUGGUGCAGUGUAAGUGCGGUGAUGCUGAGGUGAAGGUCUCCAUCAACACAGGCUGUCAGUACAACCACAUCUCCAGCACAUGCUGCAGGAGACUGGGACUGAAAGCCAGUCCAGAGACUAAGCCUCUCAGUGAUUCCAUGGUUAAUACAGUGACAUCUGUGCCGCUCCAGUUUGGUAAAGAGAGGGUGCAGUGUUCUGCUCAGGUCAUAGAUGAUGAGACGUUUGAGCUACGCCUGGGCCUACACACCCUGCUGGAACUCAAAUGUUGCAUUGACCUGAACGUUAGAGUGCUCCGCCUCCACAACACCGGGGAGGAGCUUCCCUUCUUGGAGACACCUACCUGCAGCCAGUGCCAUCACCAUGAUGACAACAAGAACCUGUGACCUUUGACCUUCCUCUUUAUCAUGACCAAACCCCCAACAAAUUGGGGGGGUAAGUGGAGGUAAACAGGAAGUAUUUGUGGGAGGGAAUCUGCCUCUGAGUGUGUUUGGACUACAGCAUCACUCAGUGUUGUCACUUGGCCAGAACAACUCUAAGUCCUUUCCACUCAGCCUCCUCUUUUUCCUCCCCCUUUCUCCUCCACCCAUCUUCUUGUGUUGUUUUCUGUGUCAUUUACAUCAUUUUGCAAAUCAUUGUUUUCCCCCUUUACUGAAUAAGUCUUUAUUUUGUGGAACAAAUGUGUGCUAUGAGGGAGGACAGAUUUAUAUGUGUCGUUCUCGCUAAUAUGUUUUAAAUUGCUUUGUUUCUUAUAAUCAGACCAAAUAUAAUCAUAAUGAUACAGCCAACACAGUACAUGAGUACUUAAAUCUUAAAUAAAUCAAAAUUACACACAAAUGUGAUUUGCUGUAUAAAAUUACAACAUAGUUAAAUAGUUUGGAGAUUAAGAUUUCUGUAAAGAGCCUCAGAAUUAGAAAUGUGUUGCCUUUUUAAUGUCUGACCUAUGAAGCUCGCGCAAAGGAGUUAAUGCUUUCAAGCUACCACCAAAGUAAAAACUGUUAAUUGGCCCCCCUUGGUGUAUGGGUUAAUCAUAAUUUGAGGGAAAAUGUCAAAACACUGAACAAAAUUGGGAGUAAAGCUAAAAGUAAAGCUCUGUCCUCAAGGCUUUUACCCACAGGAAAAUGUGGAGAAGAACGUCAUUAGCACCUAAUGCUAGGCCGGGCUUCUGUUACCCUUCUCAAAUGUUAAUUGAGCCCUUGGGCUGGCUCUCGACUCCAUAUGUAUGUCAGACAUAUCAGGACAUUCCAGAUGCAAGACUUUGUAGAUGUAUAUCCCUGUUUUUUUUAAAUCAUUGACAAAUUAAUGUGAGUCUAAGGGGGGUAUGUGUUUGAUUUGUGUUGCUAGCAUCUUCUAGACAUUUAUGUGUUUUCUAACCGUUUGUGUUCAACACAUGCAGGUAGAAAUAUGGCUAAAGCUGGUCCACCACUUCUCAAGCCAAAUUCCUAUUCAAUGGUACCAAAUUCCAGUCUAUCCUGCCUUUGCUCACUUCACCUUUAAAAGUGAGAACAUAGCACCAGAGGUUUAUCUCUAAAACAAGGCCUCACUGGGUUUCAUUCACUCCUAAGCACCUGCUCUGUCUUAGUUUCAGUCAGAAAUCUGCCUGGUGCAGCUUCUUGUGGUUCAGAUCUACUGUGACUAACACUAAGAUUUCACAUUGGCUGAUUUGUUUUUUUUGCAUCUCUACACCACUGCAAUGGAGAGAACACGUCAAAACGAAAGGGCGCCUGCGUCUCGCAUGCUGCCCACACAGCACUUGCCCUUGAUCCAUUUUGAAUGGUGUGAGUAACCGAGAGGACAGCACACAAUGCUCAAUCUGCUAAAUCAUCUGGCCUCUGUCACUUGCAGCGCCGCUUUGGAUCUCUCAUCGGAGGUCAUUCACGCUUAGAUUUGCUCUGCUUUUGUGUCCGCCUCUGACGUACUGCGGUUCUUUGUAUGCUUUGGAGGAAGGAAAAUUGAUGUACGAAAGAGUUUAUUUUUGGUGUUUUUUUUUUCUUUUCUCUGAAGUGUAUUUUCUCUGCCUAAUAAAAAUAUGUAUUCUGGCUAUGAA